AUGUUGCUUAUGCUAGCAAUUUGUGUACUCGCCAAUACUGUUCUUGCACAAGUGGAAGGAACGGAAGGGACUAGGCUGACUAUGGCCAAACUCUUGUUCGACCCAUCUUUAACAGACUCGCAAACGACCGAAAUGAUCCAAGGAAUUCUAGCACCUGGUAGAUUACAAAACGAGAAGGCAGCGCUCAGUUUUCUAGACUCCCACGGUGAAACAAAAACUGCUAGUUCAAAGGUGAGCUCGUUAAUGUUUAUGGAUUAUCAGCAAUUAUAUGUGAAUACUAGCUUACAUACCCGACUACGCUCGGCUGUUUCAGAGUAGUC